AUGGGCACACCAUUCGGCCCAUCGAUGGGCGGGCCCUGGGCAGCGUACAUAGGACCCAGGGGUACAGGUACGCGGUCCCCCGAAAGUGGCAUCGCGGGUAUACAGGGCGGGGAAGAAGGGGCUCGGCACCCCUGGCCGCGUGGGAUGUCACGCGUUGCAGCUGUACCAGACAUUGGUGAGGCCGUGCUCGGACCCCUCCUUCCCAACCCAUCCAGGGUGCGGCCUCUGGCAUCGUCGGUCAAGAGUGAGGCGCGAGUCCAAACGGUCUCGGCCGCUUUUGCGGAGUUCUCCGAACUUAACGUGGUUUCCCAUGCCACGGGCAGUUUCACCGUUGACGUGGACGCGUUUCGGAACGGGGUCAGGGUUACCAGGUCCUUCACCCCGGAAUUCGUCCUGGUGAGGCAGCACGCCUACAGCAUGGCCAAGGGCGGAGACUUCCGGAACAUCGCCAUCGGGCUGCAGUACGCCGGGGUCCCCAGUGUCAACUCCAUUCACUCUGUCUACAACUUUUGUGACAAGCCCUGGGUGUUCGGGCAGCUGGUCAAGAUCUUCAAGCAGCUGGGGCCCGAGGAGUUUCCUCUGAUUGACCAGGUCUUCUACCCCAAUCACAAGGAGAUGUUGUCAACCUCGAAGUUUCCGGUCGUCGUGAAAAUGGGCCACGCUUAUUCCGGAAUGGGAAAGGUGAAGGUUGACCACCACUAUGACUUCCAGGACAUCGCCAGCGUGGUGGCCCUGACCAACACCUACGCCACCACCGAGCCCUUCAUCGACGCCAAGUACGACCUCCGCAUCCAGAAGAUCGGCAGUAACUACAAGGCGUACAUGAGGACCUCGAUCUCGGGAAAUUGGAAAGCCAACACUGGAUCGGCCAUGUUGGAACAAGUGGCCAUGACUGACAGGUACAAGCUCUGGGCCGACAAAUGUUCCGAGAUGUUCGGCGGGAUCGAGAUCUGUGCGGUGGAAGUGAUUCACGGGAAAGACGGCCGCGAUUACAUCAUCGAGGUGAUGGACUGCGCCAUGCCACUGAUUGGGGAGCACCAGGAUGAGGACAAGCAGCUGAUCGCGGACCUGGUGGUGACCCGGAUGAACCAACUCCUGCCUCGGACGUCCGUCCCGUCUCCGGUCCGACCCUCUGUGGCCCAGCAGCAGGUCCCCCAGCCCAGCCCCGCGGCCUCCACUCCCAUGGCGACCCGCCAGAACCCCGGACUCCACCAGGGACCCCUCCCGCAGCAGAGGCCGACUCCGCAAGGUGGCCCACAACAGCCUCCGGCCCACCAGGGGCACCGUCCGGGACCCCCGUCCCACCAGAGACCGCCGCCGCAGGGCCAGCAGAUCCCGGGCCUGAGCCCGCAGGCCGGGGCCCCGGCGGCUCAGCAGCAGAGGGCACCGAGUCCCACCGGGCAGCCGAUCCAGCGCCAGCUCAGCCCGAUGGGGCACCCCGGCCAGCAGCAGACCCCGGCGGGACGGGGCGGAACGCCCCAGCCGGCCCGGACCCCCGGCCAGACCUCGCCUCAGCCUCCCAGGCAGGCCUCGCCCCAGUUGCCCCGGCAACCGGGCCUGGCGGGGCCUCACUCCCCCCAGCGGCAGCCCUCGCCGGGCCCCAGCCUGCCGGGCAAGGCCCAGGGCCCCGGCGGGGGGCAGGCCAGGCUGUCGGGCCAGGGGACGUCCCAGCGGCAGGGCCAGGGGGCUGGCCCCCAGCCCCGGGGGCCCCCGAGCCAGCAGCAGCCCGGCCGGAUGCCGCCGACCACUCAGCAGCCCAGGCCCAUGGCCCAGGGGCAAGGCCUGGCGGGGCCUGGUCAACAACAACAACAACAACAGCAACAACAGGCCCGGCCCGUCGUCCACCAGAAGCCCCCGUCUCUCCAGAAGGCCCCCCAGCAGGACGCCGCCGGGCCGCAGCCCCACAUGAACAAAUCCAAAUCUCUGACAAAUACCUUCAACAUUCCAGAAACAUUGGCUCCUCGUUCAAGCCCUAGUCAGGACGAGGUGAAGGCUGAAUCCAUCCGUAACCUGAGGAAAUCUUUCGCCAGUCUCUUCUCUGACUGAGGGGCUCGCCCUCCCCUCCCCUCCCCUCCCCUCCCCUCCCCUCCCCUCCCCUCCCCUCCCCACCUGCUCUCGCUCUCUCUGCCUGCCUCCAGCUCUCUGCCACACUCCUGCCUUCCCUCGCUCCAGCCCCUCUCUCUCUCUUUUCCCUCGUUCCCUCUCUCCCUCUCCCCCCCCACCCCCUCCCCUCCCUCACCCCUCUCCCCUCCCCUCCCUCCCCACCCCCUCCCCUCCCUCUCCCCCACCCUCACCCCCUCCCCUCCCUCCCCCACCCCC